AUGAACAAAGCUGAAGCCCCCGUUAUCACGUGCCAAAUCUUGGUGAUUCUGUUUGAUGUUCAACAAUUUGGGACUGAUAAAGUGGGCUUCGCCUUCGCUCCGAUCAUCUUGUUGUGGUUCGCCUUCAUCAGUGGCAUUGGUGUCUACAACUUAAUCACACAUGGCGUCAUUGUGUUACGUGCUUUCAAUCUAGAUUUGCUUGCUCACCACCAGUUUCUUUGUAGGAUCCCUUUAUUUUUAUUCUUGAACUUCAUUCAAAGCUCAUUGCUUUGGUAG